UACAAUUGUCCAACCGAGCGAAUCCAUACAUGAAACAAUAUAAUCUAAGAUCGAUUCAAGAAAAAGUAAAACCAUGUUGAAACUACUUAGUCAACCUUCUAUUAGGGACUAGAGACUAUAACAAUACCCCUUGUGUUGUUAUUGUAACAACACUAGCCUCCAACCAAUAGGAAGCUAGGAUUGUGAUGACUUUUUAUUAGAUGAGUUGACCUAGUGUAAAAUCAAAGCAGGGGUAUAAUUGUCAUUAUGAAAAAUCUGUUUAAAUAAAAAAAUAUUUUUAUUUUCUGCCCAAAAAUUUGGUCGCCUGAAUUCUGCCACUGGUCGCCGGUCACCGAAAUAUGCUUUUUGUCGCCGGAAUAUGCUAUUUUGUCAUCGGAAUAUGCUUACCGUCGCCGGAAUAUGCUUACCGGCGUCGGAAUAUGCUUACCGGCAUCGGAAUCUAGUCAUCGGGGCCGAAAUAUGCUUAUAGGCGCCGGAAUCCGGUCACUGACGGUCACCGGAGUUCGGUCAACGGUCUUCAUUGACCGGUCAACGGUCAACGAUCACCGGAUGUUAUGGUCUGCAUUGUGAGAUUUAUGGUUUGGUUUCUCAUAUUUUUGUACGCCUUUUGUGGUUUGCUUUAUCGUGUUUGUGGUUUGCAUUGAGAAGUUUCUGGUUUGCUUUAUCGUGUUUGUGGUUUGCAUUGUGAGGUUUCUGGUUUGUUUUAAUAUAUUUGUGGUUUUUAUUACAAGGUUUCUGGUUUGCUUUUGUGGUUUGUUUUACCGUGCGUGUGGUUUGCAUUAGGAGGUUUCUGGUGGGCUUUCGCAAAUGUUGUGGUUUGCUUUGUGGGGAUUGUGGUUUGUUUUAGAGGAUUUGUGGUCUCCAUUAAGAUGUUUCUGGUUUGCUUUUUUGUGGUUAUUUAUCACGUGUGUGGUCUGCAUUAGGAGGUUUCUGGUGUAUUUUCGCAAAUGUUGUGGUUUGCUUUGUAAGGCUUGUGGUUUGUUUUAGGGAAUUUGUGGUAUGUAUUAGAAGGUUUUUGGUUUGCUUUUUUGUGGUUUUUUUAUCACGUUUGUGGUCUGCAUUAGGACGUUUCUGGUUUGCUUUUGUGGUUUGCUUUAUCGUGUUUGUGGUUUGCAUUAUGAGGUUUCUGGUGUCCAUUAGAAAUAUUUAUGGUAUGCUUUGUGGGAUUUCUGGUAUGUUUUAGGAGACUUGUGUUUUGCAUUAGUAGGUUCAUGAUAUGCUUUUUGUGGUUUGUUUUACCAUAUUUAUAGUUGCAUUAGGUUUCUGGUAUUGAAAUGCUCAUGUUCUGCAUACCAUAAUAAAUUUUAAGCACUCGACAUCCCAACUAUAUUUCAUCUUACACCAACAUUAAGUUUUGGCUUAACUAAACGCUCGUAAAUGGCCAAGUCCGUUCAGUAAUCAGAGCAAAGCUUCUUCAACCGAACGUUCGCAAGGAAGCAGUGAUCGGAGAGCAAUGCGGUUUCAGUACCGAACUCUCGCAAAAGCGGUGCGGCGGCGCACCACGAGCAGUAUUUCACCCCCGCCACAGCCGCCGCUCGUCCUUUCGCGAUCCUUCGCGCAUUUGUCGCGCAGGUCUCCUCGUCGUCGUAAUUUUGGCAUUGCGUUCGAUAUCGACGGCGUCAUUUUUCGCAGCGAAUGGCCAAUCGGUGGCUCCCCUCAAGCUCUCAAACGCCUCUACGACGAAGACUCCCAGACGGCGACGGGGGUGGUGACGGCGACGGCGGCGGGUAUUGUGGACACGAGCGCCGCGGUUAAUUAUGAGGAUCUGAAUAACCAGCAGAAGAAUCAUGUGCUGUCGCUGGACCUUAAUUUGCCGGCGCCGGAAGAUCUCGACGCCCACCAGCAUCACCGUGCGGAGCAGUCUCCGUCUCUGUCCAAGUUCCAGUUCGCGUCGAAAAAAUGGACGAAGGCGAUGAUGUUCUUGGCUCCGGCGUUGGUCGGGUGCCACUACUGAUCGGAAACAGAAGAGAGAAGGAAGAUGAGGUCUGGUGUGGGAUUAGGGUGGGUUUGAAUUUUUUCUCGUCACUGUAUCAGAAGAAGUCUCUGCCUCCAUCCCUGUCUAUCUCUCUCUCUCUCCAAACUCUGCCAUGUGCGGCUCACGCUCCAUGCUCCCUCCCUUCGUCUUCUUCCCCAUUAUUGCGUAUAGUAACAUGCAGCUGAAGCCAGCCAGGCCAUCAGCAGCGACGACCGCAUAUUCGAUUCCGUCGACGGAAAAGGAUCAACUGGGUCACAUCACCGGGUGCUAGCCUGAACCGUGAUCAAACCUGGGCCGUAACUAGUUUAAGCUAAUCGCUUUAAUGGAGAUAGGCCUUUUUAGUUUAAUGACGCCCAAUCCAUCCGGCCCAAUUUCUAGGGAGGGUUGAAUUUUAAUUUAUUUUAUUAUUUUCAGUAUAAAUUUACCCUUUUGCCCUUAAUGAAUCCUAUUGUUAUUAUAACAACAAAAAGAGUGUUCUUAUACUAUCCGGACCCUAAGAUAAUAUAAUAUACAUAUAAGCUAUAACAGUAGCACUCCAUGGACAAUGAUGUCUCAGAUUUCAAAAUUGGACUCUAUGCAGGAAAAAAAAAACAAAAUAUUUAUUUGAAUAGGAAACUCUCAAAGAUUGUCAGUUGAUAAGAUUUUUAACGGAAAUGCAUUCUCGAAAUACGUACUAUCAAAAUAUGUGUGAUAAGUCAAAUUUGAGUUGAAUAGCCGUAAAACUCACAAAAAUUAUUAAUCUAUACGAAUUUGAAAAUUUAAAAUGCAUCAUAAUCGGAAUACGCAUGGUCGGGCGACAUCUAAAAAUUUGUUGAUUUCCUCUCUAGAUGGUGAAAAGUUAGUUAGCAAUUGAAGAAGCGGUGAAGAAACUAUCAGCAAUUGGAGAGGUGGAGGUUUUUUUGGAUGACCAAAUGGAAUUGCUACUAAAGUUCAUGAUAAUUACAAAAAACUCUCUCAACUUCAGCAAUUCUUCUUCUAGCAACCUCACCCGUCGUCGUCGCAGCACCAGCACCAACAACCCUUCCUCCUUACACUUUUACAAAGAGCGUCGCUCCUAGAUUGAAAUUUUAUGGCUCGUUCGAGGAGUGGAGACGAAGAAUAGAGAGGGAUCCCAAGCAACUUAGGACAUGUUUGGAGGUUGUGAUUCAUAUAAUUGAUGUAUUCUAUCAAUUUGUGUAUUGUAAUUAUAUGUAUUGUCUGAAUAGAUGCAUUUGACAAAUACAUCGUUUGUUUAAUGUGAUUCUACUUUUUGCAAAUAAAAAAACAACACUCAUUUUAGUAAAUAAAGUCAAGUUUGCCCUUUCGUUGUCAUCAACCUUACGACUCGAACUUCCUUUCCGAGAGUUGCCACAUUUUCACUUGAGAACCCAAAAACCCAGAUUCUUUAUACCAGUCCCCUUCCCCUCACCGCCCCUGCAACCAACAAUUGAAACAAUAAAAUUUGGAAUUUGAAACUUUUGGAGACGGAAAGAAAUAGUGAGACAAAGUGAGUGAAGCUUUUCCCCAUUAUGACUUUAUUAUUGCUUGGAGUGGCAGAUUUUUGCAGCAAAGCUCGGCGACAGUAGACGAUGGGGAGCUCGGGAUCGAGCCCGGAUGGAGGUCGUUUUGAAAAUUGAAGGUUGUGUGGGUGAGGUACGAGACACAAUCUUGCCGGAGCAGACUCCUGUUGCUUUCGCUAGAGGAGAGGAAGGAAGAGAUGCAGUCAGUGUGCGGAGGAACGACGAUGGGAGAGAAGCAAAUUAUGAGGGCAAUUCUAAAAUAAGAUAAAAAUAGAAGGGACAAAGAUGGAAUAAAAAAUUAGCAGACAAUCCUUCAUCAACAAUUUCAACUUUGAGUAGAGUUUUUAAAUCACUCAAUUUGAAUGAUUGUGGGUGGGGUCAGAAAAAGGUAAUACAUGAAUUUUGCUUCAAAAUAAACCAGAAAAACGACU